AUGCAGAGAGUCCCACAGAUCGACUUUACGAGCCUGAAUUUUGCUGAAAUCCUUGUCCAACCAGGUCUGAGCUCGGUGUUUGUUUACAGCAAUCCGCAGUAUUCUGUGCUGCGAGCGGCUGUCGGAUCGCUCUCCCAGAGCUCUAUUCUGCCGAUUCAGUCGCCUCACCAAAACGCCACAUGGAGUCUGACAUUUCCCGGCCCCGCUGUCGAGUGCGAAGACGUUGACGCGGGACUCGAAAGUCGUAUAAAGAAAAACAUGCACGAGGCUUCCCGUAAUCAUUGGGGCACCUCUUACGGCUACAUCUUUAGUGAGAAACUUGGCCCUCUCCUGCACAUAGCGUCGUACGGGCCGCCCCAGCCUGUUGGAACAAACACGUCCCUCCGGCUCUAUGUCGCCGUAGUCCCAGACGUUCUGCAGGCUGAGGACGGCAAUUACGAUUCCGCGGCUGAGAGCGCCAAAGUCAUUACCUGCCAGCUUUACAACACAUCCUACACGGCCGAGUUUAGGUACGUGGGUGGUGUUCAGCAUGUCGGGCUUUCAACAGCAGGAUCUUACGGCUAUACCGGAUUCUCUUCUUCAACUGCGGGCGUACAGCAGCUCUCUUAUGUUAUCGAUCCAGGCCGCAGCGGGGACGCCUACGCACUCACAGCUUAUAAUGUGCCUCUGGUGCGGGGUUUUGCAUAUCAUGCCGUGUUCGAAGCCUUCAAUCAAGUUCUGAUUGGAUCAAUCUCAACGAAGAGGGCCGACGGCCCUGUUCGCCUGGUCAUCGCAUCCGGCAUGGUCAACUCGGCGCUUUUCAACACCCGAGAGCUGUCUUUUCCCAUCGAGUGGGGUUAUUCGCGCUCUUUGAAGAGUUUCGCAGACAGGGGAAAUGCCAAGUGCAACGGGUUGUCCGUUGCGCCACUGGGAAACUCUACCUUGUCCAUGAAGGAUACCAUCCAAGAAAUGUUCAGGAACGCAACCAUUUCCUUGAUGAGCUCCGAGAUGCUAGAGCCCAACUACACGUCUCCUUACGCGCCCGACGAGGUCAUGGUCGAAACGACGGAAUGGCCUUUGCUGUACACUUACUCAGCCUCCACGCUCUCGGUUGCAUACGGCAUAGCUCUUGGGAUGUCUCUAUUUUCCUUCCUCACCGGAGCUUUCACGAUAAGCCGCAACGGUGGCUACUCGUUCACGACCAAAUUCUCCACCAUUCUUCGAACCGUCCAGGCUGCUUACUGGUCUGCCGGCUUGCAGGCUUCUGAUGGCCAUGGUAACGAUCCAAUCCCAAAGCACGUUGAAAAGAUUGUCAUUUCGUUCCCUGAGAACGGCAAGAUUGUGUACCAGCCGGCGCCAGCAUAUGAGGUAUCACAGCAAAGGCGUGUGCUCUGA